AGUAGACGCAGAGGCUUACAAAUAAAUCUUUGAUAACAUUAGCAAUAUAUCUUAACUCUUCGCUAAGCGUUAACCUCAAGAGUUCCCUGAAGCGCUAACUAUUACACAUGCACUACAUAUUCCAGGAAGCCACGGGUCCCGUAUCCAGGAAGUCGUGUGUGGUUGUCAAGCAAACUUUUGCUUCUAAGCAAAGUGCUCCCAGUCUGUAAAAUGUAUAGAUCUUUUUAGUCUGCAGUUUCCUGCAACAGGUAGAGAUGAGUUGCUGUCACGGGUCUGUGACCCAAGAGGUCCGGCCCGGCACAUCACGGGUCCUAGUGACUGAGCUGAGUGGAUCAGGCCACAUCAACCCAAUGCCUGCCAAGAAAUCCUGUGAGGAGACUGACACAGCAUUGGAGCUUUACCUGUCUCCAGAGAAGCUGGAAUCGCUGUGUGGAACUCAGGACCUGUCUCACUUGACCUCGCUGGAGAUCUGUGUAAACACGCAAGAGAACACACUGGGUAACUUUGGUGCCUACUUGCCCAAGCUGGUGCAGCUCAAAAUGAACAACAGCAUGAUUAUGUCAGUAAGAGACCUGGGAACCACCCUCUCCCACCUGCAAGUGCUGUGGAUGUCCCGCUGCUCCCUACAAGACCUAGAUGGCAUUUCUACUUUCUCCUCCCUUAAAGAGUUGUACGUGGCCUAUAAUAAUGUGUCAGACCUGAGUCAGGUUGGCAUGCUGGAGAACUUGCAGCUGUUAGAUCUGGAAGGGAAUGAUGUGGAUGACCUAGUCCAGAUUCAGUAUCUGGGGUUGUGUGGCAAACUCCAGACACUCACCCUUGAGGGAAACCCAGUGUGUGUGAAUCCAAACCCCACUGCCACCCAGACGGAAGACUACAGUUAUCGGGCUGCAGUGAGGGAGUUGGUCCCUCAGCUGCGUUACCUUGACGAUUUAAAGGUGGAGGAGGACGGGCAGAGCUGCAGCAGCACCAUGGGAGAGGACUGGGCCAUUCUCCGUAACUCAAUCAGAGACUGCAACUCCUCUUUGGCAGCUACUGAAGAUGAGGAAACAGCAGACAGUGCAUGUCCUCACAGCAGACCUAGCUCAGCCAGGCGCCCUGCUUCCAGCUACUCCUGCAUCCGGCCCCACUCGUCAGCAGGCUUCAGACCCCACACAGGCUCCAGACCCAUGUCAGGGACCAGGCCUGGAUUUCUCUCCCCUCCUGGAUCCAGACCUGGUUCUGCAGACUCAGAUUUAGCAACAGUGGAAGCAGAAACCAGCACCCUGACACAUGGAGCUGGCAAGAUCCUGUUCUGUGGAAAUCCAGUCCAGGCUAUUCGGGCAAGAAGAGAGAAGUUAAGGACAGCACCUACCAGAUCUACUUUCACUCCCCGUGACAUGCCCAUCCAUGUACCAGAACACACAUAUGACCUUGAGGAGCCUGAUGUCAGAGAACGCGUUGAUGUGUUUGCUGAGCUUCGAGCUUGGAGAGAGCAGCACAGCAGGCGUCUCCAGGCCAUAAAGACAGAAAGAUUACCACAGGUCCUGGCUAUUCGGCAUAGUGAUGAAGAAGAGGAGGAAGAUGAUGAUGAUGGUGAUGAUGAAGAAGGCCUUGGCGGUGUAGGAAAUGGCAGUAGUGAUGAAGAGCAUGAAGCGGAGAAGCACAGAGACAGCCUAGAUACUGCCUCACAGGAUUCCUCUUUCCAGUUUCUUUCCCCAGACCUGCAUCACAGAGAAGUCCUCUCGUCUGAAGUGGCUCGACUGUCCCUGUCCCUGUCCCCAGACACCACGCAGGCCCCUUCUCCCCCUCUCAGUGCCACACUAACAACUGGUAAUCACAAGACACAUGGAGUCCGUGCACGCAGGCUUCGACUCAGCCAGACCACCUCAGAACUUUUACCUGAGUUCAGCAGAGUAGGACACGCCUCUGGGACAGGUACAUCCACAGGAGACACAGACCUGACACUGCAUAGGGUCGAGCGACUGGCCAAUGGGCCUGCAUACAUCCCCCGCCCACCACCUACAAGUGCCCUGGGUAAUAGGCUCAUGGAUUCAUGUGCAGGGAUGGACUUAUCCAGUGUACAGUCAGGCAGAAAGCAUCCUCUAACUCCUCAGAUGUCCAAACUACUGGACAGACCAGUGAUCACUCGUCCUCACACAGCCAUGGCGGCUCUACAGAAACAUCACCAGCACCGCACACACCAGCCCUGCAGAGGGAGCUCACACCCAGACUGACUACAGAAUGGGCAGAUUGGCUGCCGUGUCAGUUAUCAGUAUAUGGUUAGUGUGAAUGUCUCUCACCCUUAAGAACAGAGUGGUAUAAGGCCAUUAAGGCAUUCCUCUUUUUUCUGGAACCAUGCUUUGAGAUGUGUUGGAAUGACCUGUAUUUUGCCAUAUGAUG